AUGGGCUCCAUCUUCAACUACAACGGAGGGUGUGUCCUCGGAAUGAGUGGCGCGCAGUGCGUAGCCAUCGCGUGUGACUUGAGGCUCGGCGCAAACAACUUCACCACCAUCAGUACAAAUUUCACCAAAGUAUUUAAAAUGAAUGACUACGUAUAUGUGGGCCUGAGCGGGCUUGCUACAGACAUUCAGACUUUGUAUGAAUUACUAAGGUAUCGAGUUAACUUGUACGAAAUUAGACAAGAGACCCCAAUGGACAUAGAUUGUUUCGCAAAUAUGCUAUCGAGCAUUUUGUAUGCCAACCGAUUCUCUCCCUACUUCGUGAACCCCAUUGUGGUUGGGUUUCGCGUUAAACACACCUUCGACGAUGAGGGGAAAAAAAUUCGUACGUUUGAGCCCUACCUAACUGCUUACGACUUGAUUGGCGCCAAGUGCGAAACAAAAGAUUUUGUCGUGAAUGGAGUUACCAGCGAGCAACUAUACGGGAUGUGCGAGUCCCUCUACAUAAAGGACCAGGACAAAGACGGCCUCUUCGAAACCAUUUCUCAGUGUCUACUGAGUGCCUUGGAUAGGGACUGCCUAUCCGGAUGGGGAGCGGAAGUUUACGUUCUAACACCCGAUUCAAUCAUGAAGAAGAAACUGAAAGCACGAAUGGACUGA